AUUGUUAGAACAAAUGUCUCCGCCCAGCAGAGCUCAACUACGUCCGCAGCAAGGAUUUAUUUACCCACGUUCACAACGUCCAACCUUCAGUUUUGCUUCGGUUCAAACUAGACUCUGACAAAAUGAGUGGUCGCGGCAAGGGAGGAAAAGGACUCGGUAAAGGAGGCGCUAAACGUCACCGUAAAGUGCUCCGUGAUAACAUCCAGGGAAUCACCAAACCCGCUAUCCGCCGUCUGGCUCGCCGUGGUGGAGUGAAGCGUAUCUCCGGUCUGAUCUACGAGGAGACCCGCGGUGUGUUGAAGGUGUUCCUGGAGAAUGUCAUUCGUGAUGCCGUCACCUACACCGAGCACGCCAAGAGGAAGACUGUGACCGCCAUGGAUGUGGUGUAUGCUCUGAAGAGGCAGGGCCGCACUCUGUACGGCUUCGGAGGUUAAAUCACCGUCUCAUCUCACUGCAACACAACGGCUCUUUUAAGAGCCACUCACAUCACCUCAAGAGCUCGUUUCUGUUGAUUUAAUACCGCUGUAUGUUCUAAUUUGACGUGGUUUCCUCUAAGUCCCUCAUAUUGAUGAAGGGAGAAGUGUCGAGUACCAUCUAUGUGACGCAAUCGUGGCAACAUUAUUAAUGCUUAUUCAAAAACAACAGAUUAUCUGAGAGCAGGCCUGGACUGGCCGUCGGGUAUAUCUGAAACAUUCACUGUCACAAACGGACUUUCACACACCUCAUUGCGUGGACUGUCUGAAAAGUAUGAUGACUUAAAGUAAACGUAACAUCAGUAUGAAAAUAUUUUGCCGAAGUCCUACAUUCAUAUUUUUUCUCAUUUAUUAGCGUCACUACUUACAGUACAAAAAGUAAAGUUACCCCUCUCAUGAUGCAGAAGGACCACUUCUUAAAAUUAUUUAUAAAAUUCUAUUAGCCUGUAAUUAUCAGUGCAUUAAUGUUAAUCAUUUUAUCUGCUGUAGGUAACAAUAAGAUAAGAUAGACCUUUAUUGAUCCCACAAUUGAGAAAUUCCAGUGUUACAGUGGCCAAGGAGAAAGAGUCAGAUCAAAAAUGUCAAACUAAAAACUUAAAAACAAGGCAUGAAAAAAAAUACAAAAAAUAUGAAUAAGAAUAAGAAAUGCCAAUUAAUAAUAUUAAUAAUCAUAUUAUAAUAAUAAGCAAUGGAUUAAAGAGAGCAUAUCUAGCGCAAAGUGAUUGUAUGUGCAAAAAGCAACAACAAGGGGAACAGUAAUGUUUAUAAUGGUGUUUAUAAC